UUCUCCAGCCUGAUAGAGAUGCCACGUUGGAUUGUGCACGAGUGUGCAGCACCUUCUUUGAUUGGCUUCAUGACUGCGCUCACAUGUAUCUCUUGCACAAUGGUACGUUCCAUCUGACAGUCAGACUGGGAAUUCACUUGACCAUGCUCGGCCUAUUUUGCUUUUUCCCCUUCAAAAGGUGUGCAUUAACUCACGGUUGUGAUUGUCUGAUGCAGGAAUGGUGGUGUGCGGCGAGUAGCCCAUGUUAG